GGUGGAUCCUCAGAGGGGGAUGAGAUUAGAUACGUGUUCUUGGAGGUUUCUUCUAUUGAUGCAUACCAUUCGAAAGGAAGCCAUUUGGAUUGACCGUCUUUAUAAUGGAAUGUAGCGUUACUGAAAAAAAAAAAACGAAAAUAUUAAGAGAUUUAAUUACUUCUUAGACACUAACGAUGACAUGUCAUUCACGCACACUACGCUUGCACUUGGCAUUGGCUGAAGUCUGAACAUUUGUUUGCUAACUUGCAGACGGUCAAUAAAGUAGCCUAUAGACAGGAUUUAACAUCAAAUCAGUUUUAGAGUAACAUUUUCUUUUCUAAUAAGAACGUGUAAUUAGACCUUCAAGUGUUAAUGGACUGGAGUAAGCUGUAUUGGCUACUCACAUUUUGGUGGAUAAGCAAAAAUAAGACUUCACAAUGAAUCGCGUUUUCUGGGACACGAUCUUUCUCAUUACUGGGUCCUUCUUUACCUAUGGUACGGGACAGGGUAAUUCUACCAUUGGUUCUACUACUUCAGCUACUACCACCACAACAACCGCUGCCACCUCUACCACCACUAUUUCUACCACUCCUAUAACUACUAGAAUUCCAGUGAAAAAGUUUGUGGCAGCAGCCGUUCGCUCUCAUUUUGAUGAUUGUCCGGAUUCACACACCCAUUUCUGCUUCCAUGGGACCUGUCGUUUCCUGAUAUUGGAGGAGACUCCUGCAUGUGUGUGUCACCCUGGUUUCGUUGGGAUGAGGUGUGAACAUGCCGACCUGCUGGCUGUGGUCGCAACCAAUCACAGGCAACAGACAGUCACCACAGUGCUUGUACUAUGUGUGAUUGGUAGUGUCAUGAUGAUGCUGCUCUGCACACUUUUACAUUGCUGGUGGAGGCGUGAAAGUCAUAGGCGGACCCAGGCCUUCUACUGUGUCCCAGAAAAACCUGGAAGUAUGCUGACAGGCAAAGCAUCCUGCUGUCAAACUGAAAGUGUGGUUUAAGAGGAUCAUUCUUCUAGAUUUUACACAAUGAAAUUCCACAUCCUGGGAUCUCUACAGACUGGAACCAAGAUGGUUGACUGACAGCUGGAUUAUUUACGAUGUGAGGGAGCAAGAAAUUGACUCACCUCUGUUAACAACAAACUGAGGUCUAUCCAUCAGAUUUAGGAAUUGACCCGGCUCACCUAUAGAGAAUUGAAAGGAGGAAUAUGAGGAGUUAGCCCCAGCACUGUGUCAUUAUGAGGACAUUGCCAGGAGGGCUGAUUCUGGAUAUGACAGAGAACACUUUUUUCAGAAGAGGUUUUGCAUCCAAAGACGAUGUGGAACAACAAAAUGCAUGAUCUCAGACGGACAUCCUGUGUGAUAUACUUCAAGUAAGAGGACCUCAAAUACUCCCCAUUUUUGUCUUUUUAACAAACACCGUAUAAAUGAUGUGAUCACUGAGAUACUUUUUUAUUAAAGAAUGGAGGGUAAAUGUGUUCUUUAGAAGAAGUUUUAGUUAUUUUUUAAGCAAGGGAUAUAAACUCACUUCACCUUACAAAAAUGGGGAAUUCUUAUUUGUAGGUAUUCUUAGACUAAGGAAGAGUAAAAGAGUAAGGAUCUACUGACUGAAUCAAUUUUGAAUAUGGGAAAACAAGGUCUGACAAAUAUGCCUUGCAAAUAUUGCCAAUGUCUUUUUUGUUGUACAAAGUAAUAUCCCUUAUACACCACUUUCUCUAGUAUAUUUAGUACUAAAUUAACUACCCCAAUGUCUUUUAUAUUGCUUUUGUUAAAUCAGUGAAGAAAAACAAGGGGCUGUACUUCAUGGAGAAGAGGUCUUUAGUUAUUGUAAAGCUGUUGAAUGACUCCAGUGCUGCUACUAACCUCUGGUGUUAGUGUUUUUUUUCUGAACAAUUCUAAAUGCCUCUGAGGUUUAGAACCAGUAAAUGACUUUUUAGUUUUUAUUGUGUGUCCUUACAAUUGCAUGUUACCAGGCACAUGUUGCAAAUGCGUGAGUAUCCGGCAACAGAAAACCUGUGCUUACUUCAGUUGCUUACUUCAAUGUAUGGAAUUUGUCAAAGCUCACUUGUUCUUUAAGCUUAAUCACAAAAUUGUGCACUUAUGGUUUAGAGGUAUAACUUUAUUUAGAGAUAUUAGAAAUGGGUUCACGUGCAAGAAUUGCCAAAUGCACCUUAUGGACCACUUGUGCGUAUAUGCACAGAAGUUACUUGGUGUUGAUUUAAUGCCGUCAUGGAAGACACCACCACUCUAUGCUUUGAGAGCUCAUACUUUUCACGAAGGCAAACAAGCCUGGCUUUUUGGAAAGUAUUCAAGGACCAAAUGUGUUGUAGUAAGUGUAGAAAUAGGUUAUGGGUAAAAACAAAACAAAAUUGUGGCUGUUGGUCUGAGUGGAGUAAACAUGCAAAAAAGGUCUGCAUUCUAAAAAGUGAUUUAGAUUGAAUUAGAUUGAAUUGAUAGAAAGGAGAGACAUGCCAAUAUUUUUUUCUUUCAUUCUUUGAUUCUGGAGUUUUGAAUGUGUUUGCUUUUGAAGUAGAUACGAUUGAUACUUUCAACAACAAAAAAAUGGUGAAUGGAUGUAUAUGAAUGAAAAUAUGAGUGUGUGUUUAAGUGCAGUCUUGUUGCGUUGUGAACAUGUUUUCAUUGUUGUUUACAUACCAAAACACAACACUUGUUUCCUAAGGAGAUAUAUGCAUGUUUUCUUGUUCCCUGUUAAUAUCUGAAUAGAGAAAGAAAAUGAGCAUUAUAGUUAAUAGUUAGCAUUAAAAUGUCAAAUAUAUAAGUAAACUUGUAUAUAAACCCUUAUCCUGAAAAUAUGUUCUGGUAUAAAAUGAGGACCAUGGAUAUGUUAAGUUAUGUCAGUAUGUUUUACAAUCUGCAGUGUUACUUCUGUGAUUAAGUCUUUGGUUGAAACAUCACCAACAGAAUAACUUUGCCAGAUAACUAACCACUUCAAUGUUGUACUGUUAUUGACCUUUCUGUUUUCAAUGGAAAAAUAUAUAUCAAUGAAAAGAAGAAAAAAAAAACAUUCUAAUCUGCAAACCUUUGUCUUGGUGCUGUCUGUCACUCACAUUCCAUGUAACCCUAUAGCAUUACACAGUCUGAACCAGCUUGUAUCCUUCACUUGACCAUCUUCGUAGAUGCGCCAUUUCAGAAGGUACAAUCCAUUGCGUGCUUUCCCUCUUCACUUUUACGGGUCUUUAUUCACUCAUCUGUCUUGUACAAAGCUUUCUGUUUGUCUAUUUUUCCUCUCACUGAAUAUUUCAAAAGGGGAAAUACAAACAUAAAACUCUGAACCCCAGGCUCAACUGAACAAAGAUCCUACCUCCUGAGUGCUUUUUUAGCUGAAGGAAAGGUUGAACUUUUUUGUAGCUUUUAUUUAUUUGUUUAUUUGCUUAUGCCCUUGGUUACUAUAUGUUUAGGCCUAUAUUUAGUCUGAGAACACGUACCUGUUCUUGUGAAAAUGUGAGUUUGACCCACAUACUUGAUCUAUUUAUUUCCCUUUGCAGAUUUUGUUGGUUUAACCUUUCAUCUUCUCUCAAUCUAUAAUUUGCUCUUCCCUUUUGUUCUCUCUCCAUCAUGAGCUGUGUUGUAUUUCUCAAUCCUAUUAUGCUUGCAAUUGGAUUUAUAGGGAGACCUUCCCAACUGGCUGAGCUUACUAAAGCCAGCUUUGAAUUAAGGAGCUCUUCUGGGGGCAUCCCUAAAGAUAACAAAAGGCUUAGGUUCUGAUGGGGAGAAAAUAGAGAGGGACAGGUUACAAUACAGCGACUUUUCCAACAUCGAGUGCGGAUCUGUUAUGUAAGACAGCAUCAACUGUUUUGUGCAAGAUUCCAUGCGCAUGUCCCUGACUUCAGUUUUGGAUUUAUGACAUUGUUCAAUUUCAAUAACGUAAAUAUUUGCGCUGUGCUUCUCACCAGUGUACACCCUCUCUUGGUCUUUUUUAUCCUAACCCAACAUUCACAGUAUCUCUCAGACCAGAUGGUUCGAAAUAAGAGUAUUUAAGUAUUAGGGUUAAGCAAUCCUGCUCACUCCAGUCCCUUUCACAACUCUGCAUUUUUC